GGCGGAGCUGUGUCAGAGGAUGAGCCCUUCUAGAGCCAUCGGAUCUCGAGGGGCUGCCGCUAUGGGAAGGGGCCCCCGGAAUCAGAAGCAAGCACAAGCUACUCUGGGGCGAAGAAGGAGCCCAGCUGACCUCCGGCGGUAGAACCUAGGGGACGAAGGAAAGGAAGCAGGGCCUUACACCCGAACCGCAGAGCAAGCCAAGGUCUUUAGUGGAUUAACUCUUCAUUGAUUACAUACAACAGCAGUAUAGUUAUGGCGACCUUCCAGUCCUUCAGGAACAAUCACAUGAAAACUAGAGCAUCUGUCAGAAAAAGCUUCAAUGAAGACGUGUUCCAGUCUGUGAAGUCUUUAUUGCAGAGCGAGAAGGAACUGUGCAGUGUAUCAGCCGAGGACUGUUUGAAGCAGGAUGAACAUGCCAAUUUGACUGAGGUCACAUUUCUAGGUUUUAAUGAAGAAACAGAUGCUGCUCAUAUACAGGAUUUGGCUGCAGUUUCUUUGGAACUCCCAGAUCUUCUGAAUUCACUGCACUUCUGCAGUCUAAAUGAAAAUGAAAUUAUUUGUAUGAAGGAUAUAAAUAAAUCAUCAGAUAUAAACAGUGAUCCUCUAAACCAGAGUCAACAUCCUGGAAUGCUCUGUGUCAUGAGAGUGUCACCUACAUUACCAAGACUUAAAAUUGAUUUUAUCUUUAGUCUCCUAAGUAAAUACGCUACUGGCAUAAGGUACACCCUGGACACAUAUUUGCAUCACAAGCACCAACUUGAGGCCACCAAUGAAGAUGAUGAUGAUACUAACCAGUCUGUAUCUUCCAUCGAAGAUGACUUUGUCACUGCUUUUGAGCACUUAGAGGAGGAAGAGACUUCAAAGCCAUAUAAUGAUGGAUUAAACAUAAUUGCACCAAGGAGCCAGUGUGAUGCUGCUUCACAGACUAUUUCUGGUCACCAUUUGGAUACCCAUGAUUUCAGGGUUCUGGUUGGCUCUGAGCAGCAGAAGUCAUUGGCUAAACCUUCAGCUUCUUUAAUAAACAUUCUGGGACAUAAAAAACUGCCUCCAGUGAGAACUUCUGUCACGACAUCAGUCUCUGAACCGUGGGUCCAGAGGAGUUUCUAUAGGUCCUUUGCUGCUUCAGAGAAAGGUAGUGAUGCCCAGAAACCGUUGUUCUCCUCUUCUCCUGCCUACUCGUCUGAAUCAGAGUGCUCAAGUCCAAGUCCUGUUAUUUUCUUGGAUGAAGAAGGUUAUCAAAAAAGUUUGAAAGCAAAACUUGAGUUACCUAAAAUUCCUGUGACGAAAGAUGAUAUUGAGGAUUCAGACUCAGAAGUGAGUGAAUUUUUUGAUAGUUUUGAUCAGUUUGAUGAACUAGAACAAACUUUAGAGACUGCUUGUCCGUUUCUGAAAGAUCUUGCUAUAGGGAAGUCAUCGCAAAAGAAAGGGCACAAACAUGAAAAAUUGUGCUCUGUAACCACUACUAUGAAUCCUCAAAAAUUCAAGUUUGAUCGGCCAGCUCUCCCAGCUAACAUUAGGAAGCCAACACCUCGUAAACCAGAAUCCCCUUAUAGUAACCUGUGUGACACCCCAGAUUCCCCCCGCCCGGUGAAGGCCUCAGGGGAAGACAGUGGUUUGUUUAGUCCUAUUCGAUCCUCUGCUUUCAGUCCUCUUGGAGGCUGUACUCCAGCUGAAUGCGUUUGCCAAACAGAUACUGGUGGAGAUAGGAGUCAUGAAAAUCCUGAUUCUCUUUAUUACACCUAUGAAGAUUAUGCAAAUAGCAUUUCCUGUGAAGUUCUGGGCUCAGUUCUCCAUAGCCAACAUACAAAUGCAACAUCCAACACUAAUAGUAUUAAAAAGGGAGAAAAUAAAAUGGUAGCUCUUCAGCAUGGAAGCCUUGAUCAAAAAAGUAAAUCUAAAAAUAAACCCUUAAUGAUUGAUAGCAUUCAGAAGUUUGCAGCAGAUCUCGUGGAAAGAAGUUUUGGCAGUGCAUUUAAAGACUUAGAGAAGGGGGUCUCUUCAUGUACCAAUGCCUUAUGCCAGUUAGCCAUCAAGUUGACGUCAUCCGUUUUUCAAAUGGCAUUUAACGAACUGAGAAGGCAGCGUGCUUUUUCACUGAAAGAACAAGCCAUUGGUGGCCUGGCUAGUUUUUUGGUGAGUGAGGCAUUCUCAAAUGCUUUAAAAGAUCUACAAUAUGUAAAGAAACAGAUCUUCACUAACACCGUCACUAGAUUUGCUGCAGAUCUCGCCGAAGAGCUUAUUUUUGAAGGCAUCAUGGAAGUGUGUCAGUUCUCCUAUCCUCCAACACCUGCAUCUCUGCAGGGUCGGUCGUUUCACUAUGAAGACAGAGUGGUGAAGUCCUAUGCAAGAGAUCUGUCUGAAUCUGUAAUACAGGAAGCGUUCAUUGAGCUGUCUCAGGUUGAUGUUACCUUCACCACAAAGGCAGCAGUUAGCGUUUCCCCAGAAAACAUCAAGUUCGUGAGCACAGAAGAUGUAGUGUCGGCGACACAGACUUCUGUGUGUUCCCCUACUUCUAACAGUCAAACAGUUGUGGUAACAAAACCAGUGCAGGAGUAUAAAAAGGAAUACACGGUGCAGCAGGCCUUGUUCUGUACUUCAGGAAUUGUUACUUCAAUCCCAGUGCCCUUGGCAGGAAGUGCCCUUCUCCCAUACCGUAUUUCUUCUAAUAGGUAUCAGACAAAGUCUUAUCCAUCAUGUGAUGAUAGUCAUUUGAAUGGUGAUCCUACCCUAGCAGGUGUUGCCACAAAAAGCAAAGAAGAGGAGCUAGCUUGUCUCAGGAAUAUUUGUUUACCUUCAGACCACAACUCCGGUAGCCAGAAUGAGGUGAAACCAACUAGUGAUGUUGUUGAAACAAAAAGCUCUUCAAAGUUAACAAAUGAUCCUGUCAUUAUUAGCGAUUUUUCUGCUGCAAUGGUGCAUACGAUAGUAAAUGAAACUAUAGAUUCAGUGACAUCUUCCAAAGUUGCAAAAACAGAAGAACACACAGAUUGUUUAACUCAGACAGGAAAGGGAAAAACCCCUUCUUCGAUCCCCAACUGGGAUCAAGCAACACUGCCACAGAGUGAGGCUAGCAAGGACAUGUUUGCCGAUCAGUUAUCUAAAUCUAUUAUCAAACAUUCCAUAGAUGAAAGCAAGUUAGUGAUCCUAAAUGUAGAUAAAAAUGUCCUCCACAAGAAAGACUUGCCUGUUCCUGGAGACGAGUCACAGACCUUGGAAGAGUUCCCCAAGUUUCUUGAAGCUCAAGAUCAUUUAACUCACUGUUCACUUUCAGAAGGAAAGGAUUGUGUUCCAGAAGGUAAAGGUUCUGUGGCUCCUGGAUUUUCUUUGGAGACACUACCACCUUGUCUAGCAGCAGCAGGCCAGAAAGCCAACCUGAAGGAAAUUGCUAAGGACAGAUCUGUGAAAAAGCAGAAUUUGCAUAAUUCAGCCCUUGAACCCUUGGCUUUUGGGCAGGAAAACUCUUUUCCCCAUUCACAUGCUUUCUCAUCCACAGUGCUCACCUGUGCAGAUGGUUUGCACGUGGAAGAGAAACAGAAAAUGAGAGAUGGGAACGUAAUACCUGACACCCCUCCAUCAACUCCUCUGGUUCCAUCCCAGGCUCCUCCUGAGUGGGAUAUCAAGAAGUUAACCAAAAAGCUUAAGGGGGAGUUAGCAAAAGAGUUUGCACCGGCCACACCACCGUCCACACCUCACAACUCGUCUGUAAGCAGUUUGUCUGAAAAUGAACAAAAUGCAAUAGAAAAAGAAGAGUUCAUGUUGAAGCUCAUGCGGUCUCUCUCAGAAGAAGUUGAAAGUAGUGAAGGCGAAGAGCAGCCAGAGGUGGACGUGAAGUUGGAGCCAGCAGGGAAGAAAGUUCAGUUUGCAGACACGUUAGCGACACACAUCGUUUCUCUUGCAACCGAAAUGGCGGCUUCCCAUUUGGAUAAUAAAGUGAUUCAAGAAGCCAGGGUGAAAAGCCCUUGCUUAAAUGUGCAGAGUCAAAGAAGCCUGUCACCUGCUCUUUUAAAUUGCUCAGAUGAAAGCUUACAAGCAUUAUGUAGUUUUGCAGGGGAUAUGGCAGCAGAAGUCAUUACGGAAGCUGAAAAAAUAGCAAAAGUUAGGAGCUGUAUGUUUUUCAGGAGGAAGAGGAACAGUUGUGUUGAUGGUGACCAAGAUUAUAGAUCAGAAGAGAAGUUGGAUGUAGAGGCUGUGGCACACCUGGGAGGAGUAGAUCCGUCUGUUCUUCCUUUACCACCAAGUUCUUGUCUGUCAGGUCUAACGUACAAGUAUCCCAGCUGUGAAAGUGUGACAGAUGAGUAUGCAGGUCACAUUAUCCAAAUACUAAAACAGGAAGGUGGUAAUAGUGACUUAAUAAUGGACCAGUACGCCAACAGACUUGCCUAUCGGUCCGUUAAGUCAGGAUUGCAAGAAGCAGCUAAAACAGCCAAAGUGAAGUGCAGCUCCAAAAUAUUCCCUGUGCAGAGCUCACAGAUGAAAACCAAUGAUGAGCUGUUACUGUUUUUAAAUAAAGAACACCAGCAAGAAGCAGAUAAAAAAAGACAAAGCAGAGGUGGUGGAAGUUACCUUCAUAAAAACCAGACUUGUGAGUGGACACGGGACACGUGCAGAAAUGAGUGCUCAGAACUACAUAGUUUUUCAACCUGUCUUGCUCACAGCAUCACAAGAGAUGUUACAAAAGAGCUGAUGGCAUCAACAGGUGGCUUGCCAAAAUCGUUAACAGAUUCUUGCCUUUAUGGAAAAAAUGCAUGUGAUGAAGAUACUGAGACUCAUGUCGGGCCAGAGUUUCCCAAGUCUCUUCAGCCUUCUUCACAGAAUCACAGAUUUUCUCAGAGUACAGGCAGCUUGAGUGGGUGUGGCUAUGGAGAGACUGUCGUUCAAGCUAUAGAGCAGUAUGCUAACAAAGUCGUGGGAGACACUUUAGAGGUGGGUUUAGGAUCUGCCGUCCUCCAUGUGUCUGAAGCCACAAAAGCAGUUGAUAGGAUCACUUACACAGAAAAGCUGUCGCAUCUGGUGGGUCAGGCUUGCCGAUACUGUGACCGUAAAGAGCUCCAUGACUGCACUGGAAAUUCGUCUCCUUGCUUUCCCAGACCGGAUUCACUUGCUGGUAGUAAGCCAGUUUCUCAUUCACAGCUUAGCAGCUUCUAUCAGAAAUCUAGGAUUUUUCAUCUUGAUGUCCCUCAAAUUCACGUUAAUCUCGAUAAGAAGACAGUGCUUGCUGAGAAGAUAGUUGCUGAAGCGAUUGAAAAGGCAGAGAGAGAGCUGAGUAGUACCAGCCAGGCGGCCGACAGUGGGAUCGGACAGGAAGGCGCCAGCUUUGCCGAGAGCCUCAGCACAGAGAUACUGGCGUCAGCAGUGGUCAGUGCUGGACAGGCCGUCAGCAGUCCAAAAGAAACAGAAGACUUUCAGUCGGCUGAGUCUCUUGGUAGCCAGCAGAUGCAUCUCAGUAUUGGUGAGGACAGUACUGGAAGCUGGUCCAACUUAAGUUUUGAAGAUGAACACCAGGAUGAAAGCAGUAGUUUUCACCAUCUAAGUGAAAGUAAUGGUAACAGCAGUAGCUGGAGCAGUCUUGGUUUAGAAGGAGAUUUGUGUGAGGACAAUUUAUCCUUUCCAACAUCAGACAGUGAUGGGCCAGAUGAUGAAGAAGAGGAGCAUCAGACUGAUGAAGAAGGUUUGGAGCAAGAUGGAAAGACUCUGCUAAUUACAAAUAUUGACAUGGAGCCAUGCACAGUAGACCCCCAGCUAAGAAUUAUUCUUCAGUGGCUUGUUGCUUCUGAGGCAGAAGUUGCAGAACUUUAUUUUCAUGACUCUGCAAAGAAGGAGUUUAUGCAACUUUCAAAACGGCUACAGGAAAAAGGCUGGAAAGUGGGAGACCUCCUGCAGGCUGUGCUUAAAUACUAUGAGGUGAUGGAGAAGACGUCCAGUGAGGAGAGAUGCAAGUCCCUGUUUGACUGGCUCUUGGAAAAUGCAUAGAACAAACUCCAAACCAGUGUAUUUUAUUAUUUGUUUUGGGAGAGGAAGAAACAGAUAAAGAUGCAUAGGGUAAAAUUUGAGUAGUGAAUAUUAACAUUUAAAGUGAAUUGGGGGGAAAGUAAAUAGCUAUUAAUGUGUUGUGUCAUCAUAUGGUGUAUAUAGUUCAUACUUUCGUCAUCUGUCAAAUAUUAGCUUUACUUAUUCUUCUGUAUACAUGUGCAGUGUGUUACGUAAGACCCUAAGAACAUGUAUUUGAAGAAAGGUCUGACUAUGAGGCUUUCAGGAACAUUGACUGAUGGCGUUCUUUUCGCAUCCAAAUAGUGCUGCUAGAAAUUGCACUGAGGUGGCUGAAGGGGGGUUCCAGGGAUAAAGAGUUAUAAUUUUGCUCCUUUUCAAGCAAACGGUUUCCUGUUAAUAACAAAUCUGACAUCAAAAAAACAGCAUUGAGGCUAAUUUAUUUUUCUGACAUCUUUUUCUAUUUUUAAGGGUCAGUUUUAUUUUCAUGGUUCAGCUAUUGGUAUUUUUUUGAAUCCCCCAAGUUAUUUAAUUUCUUAUAAACAGUAGUUUAGGUUUCUAUAAAUACUAUAAAUGAUAGUUUCCCCAGCCUUUCAUUAAAUGAUCUUAUUUGCUAAUGUUUCCAAUUGUUCUGGCAUGAGAGUGAGUGAGUGAGUGAGAGAGUGUGUGUGUGUGUGUGUAUGUAAAGGAGAACUUUAACCUUGCUAGUGGUGGGUACCCUCUUUUAUUUUACUCUUUUCUGGUUACAAACCCACUGUUAACAUUAAAAAGGUGCUUUAAAAUAAAAUGUCUAUAAAGAUUGUGCAGUAAGAAUUUUUCUUUUUUGACUAUUUUGAGUCCCCAACUUAUUCUUUAAAUGAAAAUAAAGGUGCAAAACAUAUUGAAAUUUUAAAACUUAAUGUUCAUUUGGAAAUGUAUUUAGAGAAGCCGAAUAAUUGUUUUCUCUGUUGGGAUUUUGAAAAAAUCCUUUAGCAAGGAUUUUUAAAUUAAAACUCCACUUUAGCUUUUUCUAGAAAAAUCGGGACCUUCCCCAGUACUGUUUUGUAAAGUCCUCUGAUACAGUCUUUCUGGGCUCUGCAUUUUGUUCCACUCGUCUUUAGUAACUGCGAGUUGACUUGAAUAGAGGACCAGGAUUGUGUUUUGUAUGAGGGUAUAUGCGUGUGAAUUUUUGAUUCUUCCAUUAGCAGAUUUUUAAAUGAGGAAAUCAUUUUUUGUUGGAGGGUUUUGGUUUUGCUCUCACUUUUCUUCCUGAGAACUGACUCUUCUGGAAGCUGCACAAAGUAUCGAGGAUAGUAGCAUCUGCCGGGGACAAGGAACAGGGCACUUGCAUUGAUUUGAAUUACAGUUAUGGCAGGGAAAUCAUUGCUUCUUAAGAAAAAUGCCAAAAUCUAUUUAAAUGUUUUGAGGUUACACUUACAGAAGCUUCUAUUUUUCCCAAUUUAAGAUGAAGAAAUUGAGCAGGCCUUAAAGAUAAAUUUUGCGAAAGUUUCUUCGGGUGUUUUUUAAGGUUGGAGAGAUGUAGGAAAUGUAUGUAAGCGGAAUUGAUUCUGUCUUUAGCUUCUUAGAAUUUGAUCUGCAGCAGCACUGGACUAGGUUCUUAAUUGUUAGGAAGCAGGUUGUUUAACAUAGAUUAAUUGAUUAUUAAGCUUAGGUUGAAUUUUUACAAGUGUAUAGCUAUCAAAUUGUAUUUGGUAUUUUCAGUGUAUGUACGGGUGUUAUUAACAGCAAAACUGAGUUCUGAAUUUCUUUUAAGCUAAAGUGACAAUAUGUUAGUUCUGUAAAACUCUGUACUUGAAAAUGUUGAUUUCCUGUAUGGUAAGGUUUUCCUCCUGUCUUUGUUUUUGUUCGUUUUCUGGAGCUGUGCUGGAUUCCGAGUUCCCUAUUCAGCCACUGUGGCCCAGCAGACCAGUCCUUGGACACUAGCAUGUAUAGUACUGAUCACAGUGGAGCUCCACACACAGCGGUUCAGUGCAGGGAUGUAGAGAAAAUGUUAAACGUUGGCAAAUGUGAAAAGAAGUGGGAGUUAAGCUUCCUUAUAUAGAGAGAGAACAUUGGAGUUUAGAACAGUAUCUUUUAAUCAAGAACAGUCUAAACUUACUUUGUUUAAAGGCACUUUGUGAUUUUUCCAAAGAUGUAGAAUCUAUUUGGUUGCUUAGCCUUCAGAACAGAUCUGUUUGUUGAGGAAGACUCUGUCUUAUUUUGUUAAAAAUCUAUUUGAUGUAAUUUUAUUAUGAUACUGUAAUAUUGCUAUUCUGCAUACUUUGGCCCUUAUGAAAUAUCAUGUCUUAUUCAGAACUGUUAAAGUUGUGAUGUGCUUUGGGUUGAAUUUUCUGUUUUAUCAGUUUCAGAACCAUUGGAGAACUGUGAAAAAAAAGUGAAGGAGGCCUUGGAUGGGGUUUUUAGAACAUUGUUUCAGACGGAACUUCUUUUUCCAAGCCAAGUUUAAAAUUCCAUUUAUAUUUGGGGUAUUAACUCAUUUUGAUUUUGAUUUAUUUCCUGAUUUUCACAAAAGGAAUGAUUCAUUUAUAAAUCACAGAAGAAAAUUACAGUAUGUCUGGGAUGGUUUAACACAGUUUAAUGGUUUAAUGGAGUUUUAAAAUCUUUGAGAACAUUUACUCAGUGAAUAUAUGUGAUAACAUCUUCAUAGUUUGACAACCAUUCUAUUUAUCCUUUUAGAUAUUUGAUAUGAAUUAAUUCAACUCAUAAUACUUUCAUUUUGCUUAAUUAAAGGUUUUAUUUUGCUGGUAGGAGAAAUUAGUUACUUAUUAAAUGCACCAGUUAUAAGGUAAAAGAUGGUUUACCCAUGUGGUUUUGAUAUGAUGCACAUUCCCCAGAUGCAGUGUUUAACCUUAACUCAUCACUAGGGUCUAGACUCAGAGUAGUAAAUACUACUCUCUCACAAUUAAAAUGGUCAAUUUCCCAUCAGUCUGUAGCUUUAAAUUUUGUUUUUUCAAGAGAAACUUUCCAUAGAAUUAAGAAAAAUAAUAAUGCAUCCAUAUUCAGGGUGUAGGGAAAAUCCUUUCCAUUUCGAACUCUGUCCACCUGUCACCAGCACAAGAAAAGUAGAGCUUCCGUGGGAAUUAUGAAGCUGUGCUCAAGUGAAAUGCUUUUUUUCUCACUCUUGUUUGAGGCCCUGCACACGUUGACUCACUCACCGUAUUCCUGCUCUGGAGAUGCAGACGCAGUGUUGGUCACACUUGUCACUUUAUUUAUUUAUUUUUUUUCUACCAUCCGUGUACAUUCCUUUCACAGGGGUAGAAUCAUAGGUCUAGAAGUUCAUUGUUUUGUUUUUUAUUGUAAUGUUUGAACACUAUUUAAUACAGGUUUUAAUAUUGCUGGAUUUGCUACCUUUUGUUACUUGUGCAGUGUUAAUAGUAAUAAUUCACAUUCUUGUUUAAUAUACCAGCUGUAGAGCAAAAGCAGCUUUGAAUAAUUAUAGCUGUUUAUUUGACUGUGCUGAAUUAUUCCGUUAAGAUCUUGUAUAACAGUAACUUUUUUCUUUUGCUUUUUCAGUAAUUUAAUAUGUUCAUUUACCAAAAUAUGAACUUCAGGAUGCACUAAAAUUUUGUUUUUGCAGUGGCUCAAAAAUAAACAUUUCAGAAAUUACUUUUGUAAUAAUUUGCAAUCAGUUGUUCUUUUAUUUUUUCCAAUUGUUUAAGUCUGUGAUCUUUCUCUCCCAAUUAAGAAUUUCCCAAUAAACUUAAGAGAUGCCUGA